CGUGCAGCCAACGGCAUAAAAAACAGGCAUCAAGACGUUUCUUCAGGCAUUGCUGCCAUUGCUGCCCUGCGCGAGCCAGAGAUCAUGCAUAUUCUCCAGUAUGAUCGUCGUGUCCAAGGCGGGACCCCGUGGUCAAUCUGCCUGGAGCUGAACCAGGGUCUCGAGCGCUCGCGACACGGUAAAAGUUGAAGAUAAAGUCGACGCCGUCUCAACAUUCGUCGUUUCUUGGAUCUCACACCGUUUUUCUUUAUACCCAUCAUCCGAGUUCUUUUCGCGGUGACCCCAUCAAGAAUCGUGAUCCAGCUUCCGCCAUGGCGACUCCCAAAUCUGUCCUCUCAAAGACGCUGCAGAGCAUCACCCUCAGCAAGAUCCGCGAGCUAGAGUCCCGCCACAAGACUUACGAGGAUCGCAAGCGUAGCUUUCUUGCUGAAGCUGAUGCCGCUGUUGAUUACCGCGACCGUCUCGCCUGCCUUCUCAAGGCCGUGAAAGCGAUCUGCCCGUUCGCCUCGAGAGACGACAGCCUUGAUAACAUCCAGCGCUGGCUGGACCAGUCCCACUACGAUGACUCUAUUCCCAUGUCCAAGCUAGACAGCUACAGCCACCAGCUUCGUGCCAAGCUCGAUGUCCAGAGUCGCAAGCUGGACAUGGCUCACCUGUACUCGCGCCUUUUGACUGAGUGGAUGGACCAACCAAUUGUCGAGCCACUGCCGGCCUCGGCCGACGAUCCGGACGGCGACUCGUUUGAGCUAGUUGAACGCCAACGCCAGCGGCUGAGCCAGCUCGUUGACAAGUUCGAACGAGUUGUCUUCGAGCCGCUCGAGACGGACGAGACUGAGAUCCGCAGCUUCCUCGACCGCCUGUUCCCAGACGAAAGCAGCCGAAAGGAGCUGGAGAAGCUACGCAAGGAGAUUGCCGACGAGACCAGCAGCCUCAUGUCCGAGGCUACCCCCUUCACCCGGGAUUCUCUCACCAGCUGUAUCAAGGGCCUCCUGACCGAGGACAUCCUUAGUGACGAGAAGCAGGCAAUCCUGCGCGACUUCCUCGAGAGCAAUGUCGCCAAGUCCGAGAUUGCCGACGUCUUGAACAUGCGCUUCUCUGACCUGAAGCAGUGGCACUGGGAUACCGGGGAAGAUGGCAUUCGUGUCAUGCCGCGCCGCGGCUUGAACGGCAAGUAUCGGGUGUGGGCCGACGAUGACAUCUUGCAAAUGAUUUUCGUCCAACACAUCGGCGUCAGGUUGUGCAAUAUUCUGAAACCAGCGCUGAAAGGUUUCAUGGAAAGCGUGUGCUCACGAGACCUCGCUGGCCACAAGGCACCAUCCGCCCGCGAUAUAGAGAGGCGCCGGUUCUACUAUGACUAUCACAUUAGCGGCUCCGUCGAGUCGAAACGCAAGUCCGCCUACUUCGAAAAGUUCUUCCUCGCACAGCUGCCCGACACCGAGACUUCGCUUUUCGACGGCGGUAAUCAUUACAACGAUGAUUGCGACUACAGCGUCGAUGACGAGUAUGGGGACGGGACUUCCUCGCCAGAGAAACGGUCCGGCAUCAAGCAGCAGCUCUUGCGCCACCUCACCGCCGAGCUGAUUGUCCACCGGCUCCGAGAUGUCACGUACGAAACGCGGGCAGGACCUGGACACGGCGUCGCCCUGGUCCAGACCGAUCUGCAAUGGUAUGCCACAGGUCUCCCGCACAGCACCAUCUUUGCCGUCAUGCGCUACAUCGGCUUUGGCCAGGAUUGGAUCGACUUCUUCAAAAAGUAUCUCGAGUCCCCCUUGAACUUGGACGCGGCCUCCGAUGACCGCCCGCAGCUCGGACCCCGCAUCCGCAAGAGGGGUGUUCCCAUGGCGCACGCCUCGGAGAAGUUCACCGGAGAGCUAGUGCUGUUCUUCAUGGACCUCGCUGUCAACCGUAACACCGGCAUCCUACUGUACCGAUUGCACGAUGAUAUCUGGUUCGUCGGUGAGCCCGAGAGAAGCGCGCAGGCCUGGGCUUGUAUGCAGUCCUUUGCCAAAGUGUUCGGGCUCGACUUCAACAAGGCCAAGACCGGGUCUGUCUACCUUCCCGGGGUUUCCAAGCGAGACGACGUCGUUGCCAAUAUGUUGCCGGCUGGCCCGGUCAAGAUUGGCUUCCUGUGCCUUGACCCGGAAACUGGGAAAUGGGUUAUUGACCAGAAGCUCGUCAUGGCGCAUGUCGACCAACUGAAGAAGCAGCUCGCCGAGUGCAAGAGCGUGCUGUCGUGGGUCCAGACAUGGAACAGCUGCAUCGGCCGCUUCUUCAGCCACACCUUUGGCGAGCCGGCCCACUGCUUCGGCCGGGAGCACGUGGAUGAAAUCCUGAACACGUACCAAACCAUGCUGCGUCGGCUAUUUCCAGGCUCGGAUGGUAAGGAGGGGAGCGUAGUCGAACACGUCAAACACAUGAUCCAGACUCGCUUCGGGGUUUCAAACCUGCCGGACUCCUUCGUCCAUAUGCCGGAGCAGCUGGGCGGCCUAGGUCUCCGAAACCCCUUCGUGGGCUUGUUCCUGGUCCGCAACAACAUCGACGAGACGCCCGAGGAGAUAAUUGAGAAGUACUUCAAGGCGGAACGGGAGAAGUAUCUAAAGGCGAAGAAAAAUUUCGAGUCGUGCAGCGAUGCGAGUCUGCGCCGCCGACUCCGUAACAUCUAUCCAGACGGGGAGUCCCUCAAGAGGGGAGCCAUUCCGGAGUCGGGUAUAUCGACCUUCUAUUCGUUCGAUGAGUUCACCCGGUUCCGCGAACGGAUGAGCGGCGAUUUCUCGAGGACUUUCGAAAAGUUCAUCAGCAUCCCGGCGACGGAGGAAAUCGCGAUGAGUAGGGAGGUCGAGAGCGGGCUGUGGGUGUCCCUGCGCAACAGGGUCCGACUUGAUCCGGAGAAGAAGUGGUUCCUACAACUCUACGCCGAAGAACUGCAGGAGGACUUCGGCGGCCUGAGCCUUGUCGACAAGCAGUUCCUACCCGUUGGUGUGUUGACCAUGAUGAGGGGCAAGAAGGUCAGCUGGAACAUGAUCCUCUGAGCGGGCGAGCAAAGCGGUGUCAUCUAGUAAGCAACGAUGGAUUAAAACAGAUAAGGGGUACUAUCGCUAUCAUGCAUGCCGUAAUAUCAUACACUUUUUGGGGA